CCUACCUCUGUCGGGGCCACGUCACCAUCCGAUGUUCAGAACAGCUCUGUUUUGAAAUCAGAGCCCUUAUCUCCGCUUACAUCACCCACUGCUCCAGGUGUCACUUGCCACUCCGAAUCAUCUGCAUCCUCUAGUGUAUCUUCGGCUGCCUCUUUAUCAUCUAUAGCCGAUUCUCAUACACAUGAAAUCGGGGCUCUACAAGGUUGCAAGCGUCCAUGCAACCGGCUAUCAAAACCUAGUCAGGCCAGUUCUCGCUUGAUUUGUCGAUCAGCAAACUCGGCUAACGUCUUUCCUUUUCGAAGUCGAGGCAGUUCUGAAUUAACCGGGGCUUCUGAUCUAAGGAAGCCUGAAGUCUCAUUUCCUAUAAAGGCCACUGCUCCUCCAAACUCUUCCAUUCGGCGACUAAGCAAGCUAUGCUCGGACCUUAAAAGCCCACUCGAUUCUGAUGGAGAUGGCAUAUCCUGGCUCAACGUGGAAGCCGAUAAUGACCUUGCUGAUACCCCCCUUUUUCAUGCAGUUUCGCUGCGCACUCGUGCUAAACGGAAGAUAUCUGGUGUCGCUAAAGCUCGAGGUAGGGGUGCCAGAGCUCAUUCCCGAAACAAAGGUCGAGUUAUACGUUCAGAUUUGCUACUGCCUCGAGUUCCUAGUCCUUUACCGAAUUUCUCUUUCUCUGCUUCCGAGUCGAAGAUAGAAGAUAUAUUACUUCUUUCACAAAAAAAAUCGAUCGAAAGCAGACCAUUUGAGGUUAGUAUCCAGACUUAUCCAUGA